AUGUUCAAACGAAUCGGCAAUAUUUUGACGCAGGGUUUCCCACCGAAGCCUACUUUCACAGAGAAUCACUUGGGCGACCUAUCUGACAAGGUCUUUAUCGUCACUGGCGGAUACUCAGGCGUAGGAUAUCAGCUCUCAAAACUGCUUUAUGCCAAAAACGCCGUUGUCUAUAUCGCAGGGCGCCGCGAAGAUGCCGGCCAAGAUGCUAUCAAAUCCAUCAAAGGAGCCCAUCCCGACUCCAAGGGAAGGCUGGAAUUCCUGCUACUUGAUCUAGCCGAUCUUUCCACCAUCAAAGCCGGCGCAAACGCUUUCUUGGAAAAGGAGACGAGACUCGACGUUCUUUUCAAUAACGCAGGAAUCAUGCGCUUGCCUAAAAAGGCUCCAACCAGGUCCAAACAGGAUCAUGAAAUAAUGAUGGCUGUCAACUGCCUCGGCCCCUACCUCUUCACAAAGCUCCUGCACCCAGUCAUCGAAUCAACAGCCAAAUCGUCACCGGCAGGCAGCGUCCGUGUUAUUUGGCUGGGGUCUCUUAUGAUCCAAUUAAUGGCGCCAAAAGGUGGUAUGGAUCUCGACAACCUGGAUUACAAGAAGAAGUGGUUAGAUGAGUAUACCAGAUACUCAGCCAGCAAGGCUGGAAACCUUUUCAUCGGUAGUGAAUGGGCUAGACGAGAUGCCGACAAUGGAAUUGUGCAUUUGACUGUCAAUCCUGGUAAUCUCAAAACACCACUGCAGCGCGACGUGUCUGCGCUCGAAUACUAUUCAAUGGCACCAGCCCUGCAUGAUCCCAUCUACGGCGCAUACUCGGAGUUAUUUGCUGGCCUAUCUCCAGAUGUCAAGCCAGAGCACAGUGGACAAUAUGUCAUGCCUUGGGGUCGAUUUGGCCCAACUCGUCCAGAUGUUGACAAGUCCCUGUCUCCACAAGAUGGAGAAGACAUGUCCAAGGCUGGGAAAUUCUUCGAAUAUUGCGACAACCAGACGAAAUCCUUUGCAUAG